AUGCCAUACGAUUCACAGCAACAAACAACAUCAUCUAUGCCUUCCUGGAAAUUUGGUCGACCUUCUUUACCCGAAUCACGACCACGAAAUGUUCUCCGGAGAAAGGCACCCUCAAUAGAACAAUAUGCAGAGAAGAACAGGGCAAGAUUACAAGCUCCGAAGUCUGAGAAAAUAGACAUAGAGAUACCCCAAAUUGAAGCUCCAGAUAAGCUUGAGUCAGAUUUUAAAGAAUCGGUACCCACAAGGCCAGCACCAAUUGAAAAUGUCCCUACUCGACCACAGUAUUCUACUCCAACCCCAUCCUCUCAGACACCCGCAACUGAGGCCAGACCCUUAACAUCAGGAUCGCAGUCUCGCAUUCCGAGGGAGUUCAUUGGUCUGUCAACAUCGAUAAAUACUUCCAACCUACCUCCCCCAACCCCUAACUUUACCGGGGGAAGCAGCCCUUCAACCAGAUACACCGACUCCCCUGGUAUGUGGAGUAGAGGAUCAACCCCAACAUCACUUUCGUCCUACUCUCCUGGAAUAGUACAUCCGAUCCAUAGCUCUCGCCUAAAGCAGCCGAGCCCAACUAUCUUCAGGAACCAAAGGUCUCGCCCAAACCUGGCAGCUUUAUCGUCAUUUGAUGAAACCAAGAGAACGGGUGCUCCUACGACUCGGCUUCCUCGACGAUCUCAAACUGAGCCUAUUCCUCAACUGCCAGCUUCUAGUCCCGGGGUGAGAGAAACCGGACAUCAAGCUCCUAGUCACGCUGAGUGGCAAUCAACAAGUACCCUACCAAGUGACAUAAAACCCACCUCGGAGAAUAGAAAGGAAGGUGUGUGUACUCCAAGGCUCGAAGAACCGUCACUUCCAGACUCGGGAGCAGCUACCCGGCUCUCUCCAAGUCGGCCUAGCCGCAAGGGAACAGAGCCGCUGAAAUUGGAAUCGUCGCCCGUUAUCUGGAGUAACCUUGCCUCUUCGAGACUUCCCACUCACAAACGGAGAGGUUCAGAAAGCUCCAAUACUCGCUCUAAAUCACCAGCUAUCUCUUCAUCGAUUGUGAAUGCAUCCACAGAUUCACUUCAGUCAAGGAGUUCAAAUAAGAUUACUGCAUUGUCUCCACCAGUGGGCCAGACUGAUUCCAGUGCCCGCCCGCAGCUAAGAUCUAUAACUCCCAAGGCAAAUCUUCUCAGGAAAACAUCGCUCUCAGGGAAAGAAACAAACGUAUCUAAUGAUACGAAGGAGCUCAAGGAGCCAAAGCAGCAGCAACCUACCACCAAUGCUCCGAGAAGACUUGGCUUUUUCCCGAAAAAGUCAAAGACGGUUCCCGAAGUCACUCAAUCCGCACUAAGUGAAGGUCGAUCACGCAGAUGUCCUCCCGCAGGAACCGGACACGAGGGUUAUGGCAAAUACGCUCAACGAGGAAGAAGAACCAGCAUCGGAAGCACCACAUCCAGAGCAAGAUCAACAAGCACCAGCAGGUCAAUUGGGAACAAUAGUGUCAGCAGCAGCCAUAUGGGACACGAAAUCGAUGACUUCCUUCUCGACCGUUUAGAGCCAGUUAUCAUCAACGGCGGCGGAGUGGAUGGCUCGACAUUGACUCGUACGCAAAGCGCACAGAGCGAGAGCUACCAGAGUGUGAUUUCCACUACUGAAUCUCAAGCACUUCCGCCUACACUGGUUCAUAGCCCAGAACCAAUAACAUCCUCUCCGCAAUCUACCCUCUUGGAUCCUGGGAAACAUUUAUCUCCAGAAGUGAAGCGUCGCCGUUCUUUCCGCAACUCGAAGCUAUUUGGAGGCCAGAAAUCGACCAGUAACUAUCUGUCGGUAUCUCAACUUCGACCAUCAGCUUCCAGACGGCCAUCUGAUGCUAGCAUCGAUAGCCGUUCUGACAUAAAUUAUCGUGGUACCCCUAGUUCAUCCUCGCCGCCCGAUUCUAAGCCAAAUAACGAACCGAAGAAGAAGAAAUCUGAAAGGUCAGGGCGAUGGAAUUUCUUCCAGCGCAGCAAUCCGAACCUUCGGGAGAAAAAGGCAAAGGAUGAUUCGGGGCCAACUCCAGAGAUGCCCGCAGCUGUAACUCAGGUCUCAACUUCUAGAGCAGUUGCCCAUUAUGCUAUUCUUGAUAAUGAACAGCUUGAUUCCGAUUCUUUGGAGGAUAUACUGGCGCGGGUGGAGGAGUCUCCGCCCACCGAGGAAGAACUCGAAACGACGACUGGACUCGGACUUAGAACGAAACACGGUCAGUCAAUCUUGUUGCCAGAGCCACCAGCAGGGUUACUUAACAGCGCCUCUGAAAGACGCCCAUCUUCACCCAAGGUGUUUUUCAACAAGGACGUGUUACCUACAGUUUCACCACCCGAGAAUGACCGACCCAGCCGCUUGGCUUCCGUUGGUAGGAUACCUCCUGUCAUUCCAAGUUCCAGGAAUCAACAUAAACCAUCUCUUCAGUCGUUUUCACGCCCAUUUAGUAUCGGAGAAGGGCCCUCCCUAACGGUAACGGCGGCAGCCGUGGCAUCAAAUCAUCCACCUUUGGUUGAAGCUAUACCCAAUCGAUUUGCUUUGUGUCUCCCGUCUCGAGAAGAAUUUCUUUCGUUCAGUCCAAGGAAGGGAUCCGAGGUUUCCGUAUCCUCUGGGAGUGUAGAUGGCGGGAGUUUGGCAGCUUUCACUGCCGUUCUGCCGUCCCCGGGCUCAAAAUUGACAGACGAUGAAAUAUGGCAAGAAUAUGAUGAUUUUCUAGACAAAGUCACAUCGCCGCAAACUCCCGAGGAGGGCCUCUUGAAUACACCCCGAUCUUUCAAUCUGGCUACUAGAGCCUCCAAGGCUUUACAGGAGGGUUUAAGUGGAACGAAUGACACUUCUCCACCGGUUUCACCUCUGCAAUGCCCAGAUAUUAUAACACCUCAACUAUCCGACCACAACUCGAUCCAUCUAAGCCGUUCUAUGAUUCUCUCCGCUCUACAUUCAUCCAUCACACCCUCGGAACCAAUCUCGCUAGGGGAUCUCAUUUCAACGUAUGCUGGAAGCAAAAAUUCCUCUGCAGACUUCACUCAUACCAACAACCCCUAUGCUUCUCUAGGUGAGGAGCUACAGAAUGACGCCCACGCAGCCAAACCUACUCCCAAAGAAAACCAGUCUCCUUCAACGGGAAAAGAUCAGGCCCAGAUAGAUCCUAUGGCGCAAGCAAAUGUCCGUUCAGGCUCGUUAAUGACCAGCCGCUGGCUUUCAUUCGGUCGUGUUCUAUUUAGCCCUGCCAAAAACCACAUGCAGCCUCAAGACCAAGCUCGCAUCCUGGUUAUUGACGGGCUAGGCAAUGAUGACUGGUCAUUUUACUGUGCGUUGACUUAUCCGUCCGCGGUAGUAUACAAUCUCACUCCAAACGUGCCUCCUCAGUCUACAUCAAGCAAUCCAGCAGCAUGGGAUCCACCAUCAAAUCAUCGUACCAUCCAUCGGUCUGGUAUCAAAACUCCGUUUCCAUUUCCCAAGGGCUUUUUCACUGUUGCCGUCAUGCGCUUCCCGGCUGCUUGUUCCGAAGCUGCAUAUGACACUGUAGUCUCUGAAUGCUAUCGUGUCUUACGCCCCGGAGGAUAUCUUGAGCUCAGUGUCAUGGACUUAGACAUGGUUAACAUGGGAAGCCGUACUCGAAAGGCGGUUCGAAUGUUGAAAGAACGAAUAUACACGACCGAUCCUAAUAUUUGCCUAAAGCCAGCCAGCGACAACAUCCAGAGGCUGCUUGGCAAGCGUGGGUUCGCAAAUUUAAAUCGAUGCAUGGUUGUUGUCCCUGUUGCCGGUACAAUUGUGCAAUCAUCAGACACAUCGAGCUCGAACCAAUCCGUUGCAAACUUGCCCCAACAGUAUAGCAGCUCUAAUCUCCCGCAACGGUCAGAUAGCUUAUCCAAUAGAAAGCACAAACGUGCUCCUUCGGACGAUGUGAAUAUGUCCCUCGGCGAUCUCCUAUCUGACCCUUCGCCCUCACCUUCAAACGAUGAGUCGAUUGCUAAGAUGGUCGCAAAAGUCGCGCGAUGGUGGCACACACGGUGUUACGAACUGGCUGUUUUCAGUGAUCAGAAUAAGGACAUCUGGACCGAUAGGAUGCUCCUUCGAGAGUGUAGGCGACGAGGCACUGGGUUCAGGCUCCUGAUUGCCUACGCCCAGAAGCCCAGCGAAGUCACCAGGAGGACUGCGAGCGUCUAA